AUAUGGAUUCGGAGUCGCCACACUCGACAGUGUCAGUAAAUGUCGUCGUAUCAUACGCAAUGUUAGUGGGGUAUUUUUCCCAAUCAAUGACUAUUAACCGUGUUGUUUGUUUUGUGUGGAGUAUUACAGUUUUAGGCCGUUGUUUGCUUAUUUUGAGGAAUAGUGUACAAAUGUCAUUGUCGGUCCGAUAAUUUAAGCCGCUCCGUGGUUUCCUUUCAUGUCGCGAGCUCGCGGGGAACAGUGAGGAAAACAAACAGGUCGAAGGAAGAAAGAUCGGUAGCCGGUUGGAUGAAGCGGUUGUUUAGCGAAAAAUGAAUCGUUACUAGUGUAUCUUUGCUAGUUGCAUUUCCAUACAUUUUUGUUUUCGAAUACCGUGUAGGCUAUACCGAGGUGUUGUUGGUUGUGUCGUUAUCUGAAUAUGUUGUCGCUUUCUAACAUUUGGCAAGGUCUGCUGGAGCGCAUAGUCUAUCCUCUGCGGUUUCGUGUUUUUCUCGUCCUUAUUUAGCUAUCAAUUCCAAUUUGACGUGCAUCGUUACAAAUCGACGUGUUGACGCUUCAAAGUUGGUGUAACGGUUUAUCGCUAUGCAUACUAGGCGUUUAGUGAAACGUUCUAUCCUCGGAAGCCGCGUUUAUGCGCCGAGUCCGACGGAUGACGGGACGCCGCUGACAGGAGUGGUCCAGGCUGUCAAGCAAGAAAACAGAGACGUCUUGACCGGACCCCGGCGAAGUGUCUACACGGUGCUUCUGCAAGACGGAAGCCUGAAAGAAUUUUCAGAGGACGAGAUUGCCGUGGGGUUCAACCAAACGACUGCAAAAGGACCCCUAAAGUCUAGCUUAAAGCACACCUCCAGUAACGGGGCUCCACAGACCCAGGUCCCGGACGUCCAGAGGGCAGACGUGUGCUCCCUGAGCCCCGAGGCGGCGGAGGAGCUGCGGGUAGAGAAUGGCAGGCGCCCGGGCCGCCCCAUGGAGCCUCCGGACAGGGAGCAUCCUCGCUCCGUGUCCCUGCUGGAGCAGAAGCGCAAAGUGGUGUCCUGCAGCAUCGACGUGCCCCAUGCCAGGAAGUCGGAGGAGGAAGCAGACAUGGACAAGGUGACGGCAGCCAUGGUGCUCACCAGCCUCUCCACCAGCCCAUUGGUCAGGAGCCCGCCAGUCAAGCUCAGCGAGGGCACCAACGGCUCGUGGAAGGAGGGCGGCGGCGGGGGCAGCUUCACGGCGUCCAGCUACAGCAGCAGCGGGGGCUACUGGAGCUGGAGCGCCCCGAGCGACCGCUCCAACCCGUCCACGCCGUCUCCGCCGCUGUCGGCCGACAGCUUCAAGCCGUUCCGCGUGCCCAGCGCGGCGGCGGCGGCGGGGCCCGCCCCGGACGACGCCCUGCUACUGCUGGACGAGCAGGACGGGAGCAGCCUGCUGUUCGACGAGCCCAUCCCGCGCAAGCGCAAGAACUCCAUGAAGGUCAUGUUUAAGUGUCUGUGGAAAAACUGUGGGAAGGUUCUGAGCACAGCUGCCGGGAUCCAGAGGCACAUCCGCACCGUCCACCUGGGGCGUAACUGCGACUCAGACGGCAGCGACGGCGAGGAGGACUUCUACUACACGGAGAUCAAGCUCAACACGGACGCGGUGGCCGAGGGCCUCGGCAGCCUGUCGCCCGCGUCGCCGUCCGUCCCGCCCCCCCCGCCGCCGCAGCCCGCCGCCCCGCCCGCGGCGCCCCCGCAGCCCCCCGGCGACGCCCACGCCCCCUACCACCCCCACAGGCGCCAGUCCCAGGAGGCCAAGGACCGCCACCACCACCACCACCACCACUACCACAACAACAACAACAACGGCGUCCACCACGCGCCGCACGCCAGCCACACCACGCCCCUCAGCCGCUCCGCCCCCAGCGCCCUCUACCUCAUCCACACGGACCACGCCUACCAGGCCACCGCCCCCGUCACCAUCCCCUCCGCCCACCCCGGCUCUGAUGGCUCCUCCAGCUUCACCCCCAGCCAAAGCAGCGGCUUCAGCAUCUCCUGGCAGUCUCCCCCUGUCACCUUCACGGGCAACGCUGCCUCUCCCACCCACAGUCGAACGCAGGGCUUCGGAGAGCAGCGCUCCCAGACCAUCGCUGUCCUCUCCUCCCCUCCCAGAGCCACUGGCUCCCUAAGCCGGAAGUCCCGCAGCGAAGGGAAGAAGUGCCGCAAGGUGUACGGCAUGGAGAACCGCGACAUGUGGUGUACCGCCUGCCGCUGGAAGAAAGCCUGCCAGAGAUUCACAGACUGAACGCCGCUAACGCCGCCACAAGGGUCGCCAACCACCCCUGUCACCCCCCCCCCCCCGUCGCCCCCCCCCCCCCCCCCCGUCGUCCCCGUCGUCCCCGUCCAACCUGUCGGCACAGGAGCCGGCGGCGGGGUCUUUUUUUCUACGCAUGCGUCACCUGUACAACUUCCCCUCCCAGACCCGUAGGCCAGGACGUCCUACUUCCACUGGCCCCGCCCUCCUACGUCCACCUCUUCCGCCCUCGCCCCGCCCCGCCGCCGUCUGGGAGAGCCAAUGGGGCGCGAGACGCUUCCUUCCUUUGUGAUUCCUAGAAGCUGCCUACAACCGUCCCGAUGAAGGCAUGGAGGGGGUGAAACAGCCGUGCAGCUCUGAAGAAAAAGAUUUGUGCUUUUCUAUGUCUGGUUUUGUCAUUUAGUCUCUUUCUAUGUUUUGUAAAGCUCUGGUUUGAAAGGUGUGCUGGGAGGCAGCGAGAAGGGUCUCCUCCGACGGUUGUCCGAAAACGUCUCGUUGAUUUUCGCGACGGAUCCAAGACAAGAAUGGCCUCUUUCGGCUUUUUUUGGCGGAGUAGAACGAUGAUUUUGAAAACGGGAGGAGAAUGGUGCUUUCUUCCUCAUCCUUUCCUGACCCGUCUUCUGGACUUGUGAAAACAUCGACACCAUAAACGAACCCAGAAGCGCGUUCUCCUGAACCCUGAGUGGAGGAGAGAUGAUCUCUUGAGUUGAAGAAGAAAUGCAAAAAAAGGAAGAAAAGUUUUUCGAAGUCAGCAAACUAAAUGGACUGACCUUGCCAGCAACAACAAUCCGACGCGCACGCAGGACUGGAGCUCUUUUCUAUUGCGAUUUUAUAUCCGUUUUACUCUGCAAAAUCGUUUUUUCAGGAAUGCGAAGGAAGGCAGUCGGAACCAGCCGCUGAACACUCUCCAGGGUUACCUACUGCAGCCACUAUGUCAAUGAGUUUGUAGUUAUUAUGUCACCGCAUCGUAUCAACUUACAACCAAAAAGUUUUUUUUGUGUGUGUAUGUUAUGACGUAUAAUUACUCUUUUUUAUGGUGUCUCCUGAUAGGUCUGUGUAUUGUACCCACACAGAUCAUGGAUGGGUAUGAACAUCGAGCUUGUCACAGCCCACAUCGUAGUGGGCUGCUCGUCCAGCCGUUGACCUUUGACCUCGAAGAGGUGGGGGAUGUUGUUCCUCUUCCUCUGGGCUUUCCAAGGUCUUUUUUGGAGAAAGUGAGGGGGGGGGGGGGGGUGGUGGGGUGGACACGACAAGCACUUGUCUUACCCUUGUCUGUCACUCAAAGAGACACCCUAGCACCUCGCGACAGUCUCACUCACUCGGCAAGGGGCGACAGGGAGCUUUGUUAUACGCUUCACGAUCGACGGCACCUGCGGGCGAGACUCACUUAGGGGUUGCAGCGCGGGGAUUGGUUGAGCGGAGCUGUCCGGCUCCCGCCCCCCUUUUCUCUCGUAAUCCUGGUUGGCUGGUCUGGGACACAUUAAGCUCGUUUAAAAGUCGAGAGAUUUACUGAUGACCCACGAUGCACGGUGUCGCUUUCUACACCUUGACAUGUCCAGAUAGGACAACAGUCACGCCUUGCUAACGGGGAGACAUAAGGAAUCACUGCAGUCGUGUUAAUGACAUGUAUAUCUGCAACCUGUCAAUCCACUGCAUGCUCCUAAACGCAGCCCUCGCUCUCUUUUCACCUUGGGCGAUACACUCCAGUGAAGGCACUUACUAUACUCACAUUUCAGUUCAUUCAGUCCAACAGCAGCUUAUGAACUCACUUGCAAACCCCACUCUCUGAUCGACAUUCUCAAGUUGUUCCAAACCCUGGAAUGACGGACGUCUUUCGUUUUACUCUACGACUCCUAUUUAGUCCUUCUGUUAAUGUAAGUGGUAUGUGGUUUUACGCGUAAAAGCGAAAUGUUCUCAACUGAUUUUUGACAUUUGGCAUUACAGGCCACUUGUUGGAGAAAGAGAGAUAGAGUUCAAUGCAGAGGGGCGAGAGGCAAGAAUGAAUUGUUGAGCCAUUUUCUUUUCCUGGUUCGGCACUACGUCUUGAAGAGGGUCCAGCUCGGCUCAGUCGUAGACGAAAAGAUCGGAAUUGUGUUACUUAUUACUUCUGUGAGAUAAAAAUAAUUCUUUUGAAUAUUCUCAAACAUGUACUGCCAUUUUGUGAACACGUUGUUGUAGACAAAUCUAUAUAUACUUAAAGAGAAAACAUGUUUUACAUUUAAGUGAGGAAAAAAAAGAUAAGAUUUGGCUGUUAUCAUUGUUUUUAUACUUAAGACUUAUAAUUUGUUGUGUUUUCAUGUUCUGCUGAAAGAAAUAUCAUUGUAACAGUGGCAACUACACAGGUAAACUGUCAUGUCGAUCCAAGGCAAGCCUGUUUUCUUUUGUACACAUCGGUUGGGGUCGCUCAUACACCGCACCAAGGGCUCACUCUGAUUGGUUGAACUGAACCAUUCUCUCAAAGUUCUGUCCAGCACAGUUAAAGGAGCUAGGUCUUAGUGUGCAUGCGGGCGAGGAGGACAUCACAGCUUAAUGUGAAUAUGGUGUACGAUAACCAUGCAUACAUUAUGUUGAGUGUCAAAGAUUGGACUAUUCUAGGCUAUUUAGAGCUUGAUUGACAGGCCUCUGUUUGUGUAAGAGCCCCUGGAGCAGGUGUGUGGGACUCCACUGGUGCUUGGUGCUCUACCCUAGCCCUCGCUGCCUUGGUGCUACAACAACCAAUCAGAAGGCUGUGCCUGUGUCAGAGGACCCUCGAGGGUCAACCUUGUCAAGUUCAAGGCGUCUGGGGUCCCUAUAUCCAAUCCCGUGUCAAAACAAACAAAAUAACGUCGGGAAAUAACCGAACAGGCAACAUCUCAGCUGUAGGGUUUUUGUUGUGUCCUUCGGGUCGGGUUUGGUGACAUCAAAUGCACUUGUCGUUCACCUUCUCUUCCCUUGUGGUGCUGUUGUUUUGUGUUCACAUUGUUCCCCCCCCCCCCCCCCCCCAUUGGUGCGUCUAGUAUCAUUGCAGCUAGAGCUAGCAAUAAUAAAGUCCUAUCCAGAAACAAUACCGAACUAGCUAGCUCCCUCCCUCCCUCCGCCACUGAAAGGACCCAUCAAGCUCAACCUUGGCAGCUAAGUGGGACCACAGUUGAAGCUCAUCGUCAUGGUGAAUUUCCAAUUACAAGGGUUGUAGAACUCUCCCAGGCUCGACAUCAACCAUAAGGCCAAUGUUCACUAUGUUGCUCCUACUAGUGCGGUCCUUUCAGAUCAACACUGUAUACAACAGUGUGACAAGAAGAGUGGAGCCUUACAAGGUUUGUUUCUGGACCAGACGAAACACCAAAUGGUGCUGCACAAUUUAAUGGGGUGAAGGAGGUGCUAGCAAGCUAAACCCUCUGAUGCUAUUUCACCAAACAUGUUUUUCUGACACAGUUAGACUAUGUACAUGCUGUUAACACUGUAGAACAUGAAAAUAAAAAACACCUGCAGCAAAGUAAACUCGAGUGUCUAGAACACCGUUUCGGUAGAUUUUUAUAUGCGACCAAUUCUGUCCUCCUUUACUGGCUCGUACGAAUUCUUUUCUUCUGUGAAUGCAUUUCAGUCAGUGUUUUCAUUCAAAUGAGAGAUGCUGGCGAGGCAAGCCUAGGGUUCUCCAUCAAACAAAGUCGUCAGAUUGUUGUUCAAUAUUAUAGUAAAUGUUGUAUUACAAGUUCAACACUAUUGAAGAACAAUUACUCGACAAAGGUACACCAAGCCAAAGGUUUACGACUUCAUAAUAAAACAAUGCCAUUUCAAGA